CCGAGGUCCGAGUUUUUAGAAUUGUAAAAAGAGGAUAUGUAAAACUCACAGAGUAAAAUUUAUUAACAUGUCAAAUAUCCCAAACUACCAAUCCUACCCUCCGCCGUUUCGUCCUCCGGCCAACCAAAACCUAGUCGCGGGAGGAGCAGAAACGGCGCCGGCUUUAGAUCCGCCCACGACGGUGGAAGGAGAGGACGGCGUUCCGGUGAUAGAUUUCGAGCGCUUGACGGAGCAUGACGACGGCGGGGAGGAAAAGAUAACGGCGGCAUGCAGGGACUGGGGGCUGUUCAGGCUGGUCAACCACGGAAUCCCAGAAUUGCUGCUGAGUCAAAUGCUUGACCGUACGGAACGGAUGUUCUCCAUGUCGUUUGAGGAGAAACAGGCCGUAUCAGGCGACGGCAUGUCGUAUUUCUGGGGAACUCCGGCCGUCGCGCCGUCCGGGGCGGCGCUGCCCACUAACGGCAGCAGCCUUCAUUGGAUGGAAGGAUUUAACGUCCCGUUGAGCCGAGUGUCGCUACAUCACUAUGAAGAUGAAACGUUGGAGUCUUUCAGAUUGCUGUUAGAGGAAUAUGGAAAACAUCAAAGGAGAGUAGCCAAGGCUAUAUACCAAGCACUCUCUAUAAAUCAAAACCUCGGAGAAGAAAAACCCACCACGACAAGCUAUAUCUCGGAAGACACCGGAAUCCUGCGUCUAUACCGAUACCCUCGUUGUCAUUUGGACCGCACAACCGCGGCCGCAGUGGAGGAGGAGGAGGAGACGAUGAAUGACCGCCACCGACCACCACCACCGUGGGGAAUCGGUGCACACACGGACAGCUCCCUCCUCUCCAUCCUCCACCAGGACCUCGUUGGCGGCCUUCAAGCCUACCACAGCAACAACAACAAAAACCAACAAUGCUGGGUCGAGGUCAAGCCUAUCCCCAACACUCUCAUUGUCAUCGUUGGAGACAUGAUGCAGGCAAUUAGCAACGACAAAUACGUGAGCGCCAAGCACAGGGUGAAGGUGAAGGGGGAGAGGGAGAGAAUAUCGAUGGGAUAUUUUGUGUUCCCGGAGGAGGAAGCCGUGAUUGAGAGCUCCCGGUAUACGCCAUUCACGUAUGCCGAGUUUCGAGCUCAGGUGCACCGUGAACUUAAGACCGCGGGAUCUAAGAUUCUUGGCCUCCACGCCUUUAAGCGCGAGUCGCCAUUCUUAGCAUGAUCGAUUGGGCAAACCGGUUCCGUGAAAACCAGGAUGCGUGGGGAAUUGGCUUGGAUCCUUGAUCAAAGAAAAGAACAAGUUAAUUAGACCUUGUCAAAAACUGUGUAUGGAAGACACUGCGGAGUACUUGUCUGCGCCGUUUGCUUUGUGUGUAAUGAAGAUUUGGAAAUGUUGUUUUUGGCUUAUUGUCCAAUUUUUCUUUAAAAAAAUUGUAGAAACUUAUCGUUGAUAUUAUCAAAAUAUUGGAAUAAUAAUAUUGCUCCUUG